CCCGAUGUGGUGAAAGGAGAAACAGAAGCGUAAACAUAGGCAGAAACCCAAAACAGAGAGCAAUACCGAAAGGGGGGGAAAAUGACGCUCAAAGUCUACGCAGAUCGAAUGUCUCAGCCAUCUCGCGCUGUUAUCAUCUUCUGCAAGAUGAACGGUAUAGACUAUGAGGAGAUCAAAGUUCAUAUCUCAAAGGGUCAGCAUUUAACUUCUGAAUUCGAAGAAAUAAAUCCCAUGAAACGACUACCAGCCAUCACUGAUGGAAGAUUUAAGUUGUUUGAGAGCCAUGCCAUUCUGAUCUACCUUGCUUGCGCAUUCCCCGGAGUUGCAGACCAUUGGUAUCCAGCUGAUGUUUCAACGAGAAGUAGGAUACAUUCGGUGUUGGACUGGCAUCACUCCAACUUACGCCGUGGUGCAGCCCCAUAUGUUUUCAAUACUACAAUAGCACCUGUACUCGGCCGUCCAUUGAAUCCCCAAGCAGCUGCUGAAGCUGAACCGAUUCUGUCUUCAUCUCUUUCAAAGUUAGAGUCCUUUUGGCUCAAGGAAAAUGGACGUUUUCUGCUAGGUGGAAACCAGCCAUCCAUAGCUGAUCUUAGCCUUGUUUGCGAAAUAAUGCAACUCGAGGUUUUGGACGAGAAGGACCGUGCGAGGAUUUUGGGUCCGCACAAGAAAGUCCAGCAGUGGAUCGAGAACACAAGAAAUGCUACGAGUCCUCACUUCGAUGAAGUGCAUAAAGUCCUCAUGAAAGCCAAGGAAAAACUACAAAACCAGCGGUUAAAGGCAGCGAAAAACGAAGGUGGAUCCGACAUGAAAAAGGCAUUGCCUUCAAGAAUGUGAGUGAAAACCGUGUACUGUAUUACAAAGUAUUGAUCACCGGAUCUUCUGCUGUUUAAUCUUUCCCCUACUCUUUACAGACGCUGCAAUAAUGGAUGUUAAGCAACUAUUAGCUUGUAUGAGUACUGACUUUUUUUU